CUUAUAUUAUAUUACUUAAUAGGGAUGGGUCGCGUCAUCCGAGGACAGCGUAAGGGGCCCGGAAGCAUCUUCAAAGCCCACGUAAAAAAGAGGAAAGGACAAGUUAAACUUAGAGACCUCGAUUAUGCGGAGAGGCACGGAUAUAUCAAGGGUGUAGUCAAAGACAUCAUUCACGACCCCGGUCGUGGAGCACCUCUUGCCAAAGUUUACUUCAGAGAUCCCUACAAGUACAGAAUCAACAAGGAGCUUAUCUGUGCUGUAGAGGGCAUGUACACCGGUCAGUUCGUAUACUGCGGUAAGAAAGCUACACUCGGAAUCGGAAACUGCCUGCCAAUUGGACAGCUUCCCGAGGGUACCAUCAUCUGUAACGUCGAGGCUAAGCCCGGUGACAGAGGUAAGAUGGCCCGAGCAUCCGGUAACUACGGAACCGUCAUCUCACACAACCCUGACACUGGAAAAUCCAGGAUCAAACUCCCAUCUGGUUCCAAGAAGGUUCUAGACUCCAAAGCCCGAGCAGUUGUCGGAAUCAUCGCUGGAGGUGGACGUAUCGACAAGCCUCUCUUGAAGGCUGGCCGAGCUUAUCACAAAUACAAGGUCAAACGUAACUGCUGGCCCAAGGUUCGUGGUGUGGCUAUGAACCCCGUGGAGCAUCCUCAUGGUGGAGGUAACCACCAGCAUAUCGGUCAUCCUUCAACUGUUCGACGAGAUACCAGUUCCGGAGCCAAGGUCGGUCUGAUCGCUGCCAGACGAACUGGACGACUGAGGGGAACAAAGAAGGAAACAAAAGAUGCUUAAAUUUUAAUUUAUUUUUUAUCCAGCCAAAA